AUGGCCGAUUCAGGAUCAACGCCAAUAACAACUGAUAAUAAUUCUCUUUCACUUCAACCGUCAACAGAUUUGCUCGCCGGUGCACGUAAACGCUUUGAAGUUAAAAAAUGGAAUGCUGUUACAUUAUGGGCUUGGGAUAUUGUCGUCGAUAAUUGUGCUAUUUGUCGUAAUCAUAUUAUGGAUUUGUGUAUUGAAUGUCAAGCAAAUCAAGCAGCAGCAACAAGUGAAGAAUGUACAGUAGCAUGGGGUGUUUGUAAUCAUGCAUUCCAUUUUCACUGUAUAUCUCGUUGGUUAAAAACACGUCAAGUUUGUCCAUUGGAUAAUAGAGAAUGGGAAUUUCAAAAAUAUGGAAGAUAG